AUGAAAAAGAUAAUUCAGAAGUUAUGGAGUCAGUCUCCACAGAGCCCCGCAGCGCUUAGGCCGCACCGACCAUCCCAGAAACGUAAACGACCGAAACAUCCGCCUUCGCCCAGCCCGGAAGGAGGUGCAAACAACAAGCCGAAAGGACGCCGUGAGGCCGCGGCCAGCCUCAACCCAGAGGCCCCGCCGGAGCCGCGUCCUCCCACACCGAGCCGCCAGGGCCCCUGCCACGUGGGAAGCCCCGGGCGCCCGCAUUUCUGGCAGGGCCCGCUCCGCGGCCUCACCGAGGCCCGCGCCCCCUCGGGCCGCAGCCUAGCGCACACCGCGCCAGGGGCCGCGGACCACGCGGCGCGGACGAGGAAGCAGCCCACCUCAAAGAUUCGGAGCCCACAGUCACCACAGCUUGAAGAACAACGACAGAGACGCCUGGACUUCCGAGCGCCCGCGGGCCAGGCAAACGCGCUUAAAGAUGGGGGCUCUCCCGGCAGUCCUUGCGGGAAGACCACCUCCCUCGUGCCAUGGCAAUCUGCGGUCCCGCCUCCACCCAAGACACCCAAACGGGCUCCUGACCCGAAGCUGGAGAACAAGCCGGCCUCUCCUGGCCUGCAGGAAAGAGAAAAACAGCAAGAAGUAAUUGAACAUAUUGAUCAAGUACAAAAUGAAAUAGACAGACUUUUUUACAGACUUAGUGAACAAGGCAAUGAGGAAAAUUUGAAAGUAGAACAAAAAUAUAACAAACUCCGCCAACCGUUUUUUCAGAAGAGGUCAGAAUUGAUCACCAAAAUUCCAAAUUUUGGGGUAACAACAUUUGGUACCACAUUUGUUAUAUAUUUGUUACAUAUUUGUUAUCCACAAGUGUCCACACUGCUUGGGGAGGAGGAUGAAGAGCCUCUGCAUUAUUUGACCAGAGUGGAAGUGACAGAAUUUGAAGACAUUAAAUCAGGUUACAGAAUAGAUUUUUAUUUUGAUGAAAAUCCUUACUUUGAAAAUAAAGUUCUCGCCAAAGAAUUUCAUCUGAAUGAGAGUGGUGACCCAUCUUCAAAGUCCACUGAAAUCAAACAGAAAUCUGGAAAGGAUUUGACAAAGCGCUUAAGUCAAACGCAGAAUAAGGCCAGCAGGAAGCAGCAGCACCAAGAGCCAGAGAGCUUCUUCACCUGGUUCACGGACCACUCUGAUGAUGUGGGUGCCGAUGAGUUAGGAGACGUCAUCAAAGACAAUAUUUGGCCAAAUCCCUUGCGGUACUAUUUGGUCCCUCAUGUGGAUGAGGAUAAAGAAGGAGAGGCGGAGGAAGAAGAAGAAGAGGAAGAAGAAGAAGAGGAGGAAUCGUUGGACGAUAUUGAUGAAAAAGGGGAUGAGGAUGAAGGUGAAGAAGAUGAAGAUAAUGAUGAAGGGGAGGGAGGAGAGGACGACGAAGGUGAGGAUGACUAG